UGCAAGCACAAUGUCGUUCAAAGGUUACCGCGUAAAGGACGGACGCUACAUGAAUGAAUGGGAUUAUCAGCUCGUCGAGGAGCAUUGCAGUUUAUGUCUCUGAUCAUCUACUGAGAGUCGAAAUACAAAAUAAUUCACAGUACCUACACUCGAUAUGACAGGGAACGAUGCAGCUGUGGAGAAUAACGGUUUCUUUCAGAACGGUCACCUUAAACAUCAACCGCCAUCCGAAAUCAGUGGGGCACCUGAAAAUAAAGGCCGGAGCCUCUGUUCACAAAGAUUGCUGUUGGCAUUCGUUGGCCUGUUCGGAGGGGUGAUGUUAGAGUCGAACAGAGCAAUUCUCAGUGUGGCCAUCGUAUGCAUGGUCAACAACACCGACCUCAACACCAUCAACACUACGAAGACCACAUCACCAGUUUCAGAGCAUGCUGAAUUCUUCUGGUCGAAGAGCGAGCAAGCGGGUAUCCUCAGCGCCUCUUUCUAUGGCUAUAUGGUUACACAGAUUCCCGCGGGAAUUCUGGCCAGUAAAUAUGGCGGGAAGCACGUCGUGUUUAUCGGAAUGCUGAUUGGAUCAAUCACCACACUGCUUCUACCAAUCGGGGCCCGGACGUCCAUCUACCUGGUGUAUGUGCUGCGCGUGAUACUUGGCGCUUCACAGGUGACAAAAUGAAUGGUUGUGGCAGCUGAAAUUGUAAUGAUAGUUAAUGGAUCAUGGCGAAAUGUUAACUUUCUGCAAG